AGUGAACGACAGAAAAUGCGAGCCGCCGACCUAAAAGGCGACAACGCCCAUCCCUUUAAGAGUCCCCAGCGCGCCUGCGCCCUCCCUGUAAGGGGCGGGGUUUCCAGGGUGUCGAAGAUGGCGGACCUCUUGGGUUCAAUUUUGAGCUCGAUGGAGAAACCUCCGAGCGUCGGCAGCCAAGAGAGCCGGCGAAAAGCCCGAGAGCAAGCUGCCCGCUUGAAGAAAAUGCAGGAGGACGAAAAGAGAAAGAAAUCGGACUUCAGAAAAAGGGUGGAGAAGGAAGUGUCGGAAAUCAUCCAGGACAGCAAACUGCAGAAGAAGAAAUACCCUCCCAUGGGCAAGAUUGAGAGAAGCAUCAUUCACGACGUGGCGGAGGUCGCGGGCCUGACGUCGUUUUCGUUCGGGGAGGAGGAGGAGAGCCGGUACGUCAUGAUUUUCAAAAAGGAGUUCGCCCCGUCAGAUGAGGAGCUGGAGGCGUACAGGAGGGGCGAAGCGUGGGACCCGCAGAUCGCUGAGGAGAAGCGCAAGGUCAAGCAGCAGGCUCAGUUUGAGCUGGAGAGGGAGGCUCGGACAGGUCCGAAGGAGGUGUGUCCGAGCAGCAACUACCGGGACAAGUACAGCCACCUGAUCGGGGUCUCGGCGGCCAAGGAGGCGGCUCACACGCUGGAGGCAAACAAGGCGUACGGCUGCGUGCCCGUGGCGAACAAGAGAGACACGCGCUCCAUCGAGGAGGCCAUGAACGCCAUCCGAGCCAAGAAGAAGCAGAAGAGGAGCGAGGAUGAGUGUGCGGGUUCGAGCAGCUCCCCCUGAGAGGGGGGCGGGGGGGAGGGGAGCAGAGCCCCCCCUCCCCUUUUGCUGCUCCUCUUACACACUAACGCAGAAAGAGAUGCAAAGAUUUUUAAUUUAAUAAAACAUUUUUUUUUCUUAAAGGGUUUUUAAUCCAGGGGGGGGGACCGUGACCGCACCCCGUGAUAACAGGAGGACGUUGAGUUGACACAGUGCUGUUCCUCGAAUUCAAGUCCCUUGUUAAAAUACAAACCUUGCAGAGUUUUUACAGACGGGAAAGAAGCAGCGAAGCUGUCUGGCACUGCUGUUGUUGGAAGCAGUUUUUAAGUGUCAGUUUAGCUCAGUUGAGUGUGUACCUC